GGUAUUUUGUGUAGAGGACAAAUCAUAAUUAUUAAGGGUAGUGUUUGGGAAAACCCGGAAGGCUCGGGCUUGGGUGGACGCAGAAGGACGGGCAGGCAGGCACCUAGCUGCAUCAGAACAGCAGCCAUCCUGGAAGGUUGGGGAAUGUUGUCUGUUAUCAGUAAGAUGAAGCAAUGCUGACAUUGCCAACUUGGCAGCUCCCGCUUCCCUCUGUAAAGGACUGGGCCUGGAAGCACUUUGGGACUUUAUCUACUUUGGACUAUUUCAUUACUGUCAGUGAUUUGAGCUAGUACUAAACGGUCUUUGAAAUAUCCUUUUUUUUUUCUUUUUUGAGAUUUAGUCUUUGAUAAAAAGAUGUUCACUUAAAAAAUGGCACACGAAGUUACUGGAUGAGUAGGAAUCCGAAUGAUCAAUCCCUGCUCCUCCAAGUAUAGUUUUAAUUAUUUCUUCUGUGUACUUAUCAACUCUUACAGGUCACAGAGGGAGUUAUUGAUUGUGGUUCUUGGCAUCUAGCCAAGGACGUGCAUUUGGCAGCCAUUCAGUAAGCAUUUGAUUCAUCUGACCGUUUAGACUUUGACUGCCUUUGGUUCUGUCCUUCUGCAUUGUGUCUUUUGCACACAGCACAGUACAGGAGUCCACCGUUCUUGCACACAGGGUAAGGGAAAGACGUGAAAACUGCUUCAAAGGUCAAAACCAUUAUUCCUGUUUGCUGUUGGAUUUCAAGUGCGUAGAACUGGGUUAAUUGUAAUAACCUUCUGACUCCAUGUAAAGCCUUGUCUUUAUUUAGUUUUUUUUUAGUAGUGUGACAUCAGAAAUCUACCAUCAGUAUCUAUUGCACCAGGAAUGCUACAUCAACCACCACCACCAAAAACUCAGUGGCUUACAAUAGCACGUGGUUUAUUGCUCCUGCAUGUACGGUAAUCAGCCAGGCAGCUCUAUGGAUCGAGGCCCCACUGGCUUACAUGUGUGCCCUUUGACGCGCCCCUGGGGGUUACUCUCUUUGCUCAAGCAGCCUAGUCUGGGAGUAUUCUUGUGAUGAGCACAAAGCCCAAGAGAGCAAGGCAUUGUGAGGCCUCUGCUGCAUUUUCAUGGCCAAAGUAAAACACAAGGACAGCUCAGAUGCAAAAGGUGGGGAUACAGGUCUGUCUGGGCCUGUGGAAUCACUUCAAGGAGAACUGACAUCUUCAUAAUACUAAAUCUGGCUUCUACAAGCAUGGCGGCUCCAGGGGAGGUGACGGAGGCGGUGAAAGUAGCCAUAGAUGGGGGCUAUCGCCACUUUGACUGUGCUUACUUCUACCACAAUGAGAGCGAGGUGGGAGCUGGCAUCCAGUGCAAGAUCAGGGAAGGUGCUGUGAGGCGGGAGGACCUGUUUAUCGUCAGCAAGCUCUGGUGCACCUGCCAUAAGAAGUCCUUGGUGAAAACGGCAUGCUCUGGAAGUCUGAAGGCCUUGAAGCUGGAUUACUUGGACCUCUACCUCAUACACUGGCCCACAGGUUUCCAGGCUGGGGAGAAAGACUUGCCCUUGGACCACAGCGGCUUGGCCAUACCCAGUGACACAGACUUCCUGGACACAUGGGAGGCCAUGGAGGACCUGGUCAUUGCAGGACUGGUGAAAGCCAUCGGGGUGUCCAACUUCAACCACGAGCAGCUUGAGAGACUUUUGAAUAAACCCAACUUGAGGUUCAAGCCGGUGACUAACCAGAUUGAGUGCCACCCAUACCUCACUCAGGAGAAACUGAUCAGCUUCUGCCAAUCCAGAGAUGUGUCUGUAACUGCUUACCGGCCCCUUGGCGGUUCCAGUCAGGGGGUUCACUUGAUGGAUGACCCCAUGAUCCAGACGAUCGCUCAGAAGUACGGGAAGUCUGCAGCUCAGAUUUUGAUCCGAUUUCAGAUCCAGAGGAAUGUGAUCGUGAUUCCCAAAUCUACCACCCCAGCACGGAUUCUUGAGAAUAUCCAGGUGUUUGAUUUUGAAUUAUCAGAACAGGAUGUGGAGGACAUCCUCAGCCUGAACAGGAAUCUCCGAUUGGCCACGUUUCCCAUAGCUGUAAACCACAAGGACUAUCCUUUCAGCAUAGAGUACUGAGGAUGGCUUCCUCUCCUCCUCAGCUCCGCCCGGACGGAUCCCCUGUCUGAAACACCUGUCUGCCCGCCUCUGUGCUACCCAUGGCGGGGCAGCAGUGGACAGGGAUGGGAGGGACAAGGUCUGAUUUGGGGGGAAGGACUCCGGCCUGGAACAGAAGCCGAGUUCCCUGAGAAAUCCACACAGCCAAGUGCAGCCUAAGUGAUAAGGGAAGCGUCAAGAGAUCACAGAGGGUUGAUGGCCUCCACAGAGAGCCCAUGCAAGCCCUGAGGUCCCUGGAGCAUCUGUGGGGGGGGGUUCUUAGGAGACAUGCUUUGUGGCCUGCACUCUCGAAAAGAAGAUUCUGAUGACUCAGGAAUUCUUGCCUUUGCAUUUUAAAAAAAUGUAUUAUGAAAUAUUGUAACAUAUGCCAGAGCUGACCCAGCAUAGUGCAUGUCUGCACUGGAACUGGCUGCAGCGCUUACCAGCGUGCCUGGUUUACCUUACCUGCCCUCCCCUGUCCCUGUCCCCCAGGGGAUUGUGAAGCAAGAGCCACACCUGCACACGUGGGAGGGAAAGCAGGUGAAAGUGGGGCAGUGUCUCAGUGAAACGUGGAAACUUAUUUAAAACCUAAGUUCUAAUUUUUAAAUGCUACCUUGUAAUAAAACCUCCUGGGAAGUCAAAUUA